AUGACCAAUGCUACAUUUAUCACUGAAUUCAUUCUUCUGGGAUUUUCUGCAUUUCAUCAACUGAACAUGGGGUUUUAUGCUCUUCUGUUUUUGAUAUACCUUCUGACACUUAUGGGACAUUCCUUAAUAAUCAUAGUUGUUUCAAUGGAACCCAGGCUCCAUACUCCAAUGUACUUCUUCCUCGUCAACUUCUCUGUGGUUCAGAUUUGUUCCACAACAACACAGAUACCAAAGAUGCUGGUCAAUAGCUUCUCUGGCGAAGUCACCAUCUGCUUCGCAUGCUGCAUGGCCCAAGGUUUCAUUGUCUUCACAAUGGGAGCUGUGGAGUUCAUCACCCUCACCGUCAUGUCUUUCAACCGCUACGUAGCCAUCUGCAAGCCUUUACAUUAUCAAACCAUUAUGACUCGGGGAGUCUGUCUCAAUCUGUCCUUGCUGGCUUGGAUUGGUGCAUUUGGACUAAUACUGCCUCAAUCGUUAGUAGUGUGGUCAUACCCGUACUGUGGACGCAAUGUCAUUGACCACUUCUUUUGUGAUGUUGGUCCAGUUUUGCAGUUGGCUUGUGCUGACACAACUGUGAUUGAAUUUGUAGGUCUCAUCUAUGGCGCUGCUAUCAUGUGGGGUUCCUUUGGGUUUUCACUGAUUUCAUAUCUGCACAUUAUAUUCACUAUAAUUCAGAUCCCUUCUGCCACCGGACGGUCCAAAGCCUUUUUCACCUGUGCCUCCCAUCUCACUGUUGUAAGCAUUUUUUAUAUAAUACUUAUGUUUAUGUACUUGAGGCCUUCAACCCAUGGGGACAUCCAGCUUAAUAAAAUGUUGUCUCUUUCACACGCAAGUUUCAUACCCAUGUUAAACCCUUUCAUCUACACAAUCCGGAACAGUGAAUUCAAAUCAGGUCUAUGGAAAGCUGUAACACAAACAAAGAUGAGUUUCUAA